CAAAAUGAUGGAGUUUACAUCGUCUACAUGGGCAGCGCAGCGGCUCCAUCCAAUAAUGGCGCCAUGCGAAAAGAUCAUGCUCAGCUCGUCACCUCGUUAAUUAAAAGGAAAAAGAACGCAUUGGUGUACAGCUAUACAAAUGGCUUCUCUGGAUUUUCAGCUAGGUUGACGGAGGAAGAAGCUCGAUCAAUUGCUCAAGAGCCGGGAGUGGUUUCUGUUUUUCCUGAUCCAAUUCUGCAGCUCCAUACAACCCGGUCGUGGGAUUUCCUCCACUCCUUUUCUGAUAAAAAAAUCUCGGCCACCACCAUCCGCCUCGGAUUAGCUCGUGCUCAGCCAUCAUCUUCCGGUGAAGCAGAUAUCAUAAUAGGCAUCAUGGAUACAGGAAUUUGGCCUGAAUCAACUAGUUUCAAUGACAACGGCAUGGGACCGAUCCCGUCCCGAUGGAAGGGAAAGUGCGAGGAAGGCGAUCAUUUCAACUCUUCCAAUUGCAACCGGAAACUAAUAGGGGCCCGAUAUUACGAUAGCAGUUCGGCACGGGACGAUUCCGGACACGGAACCCACGUGUCGUCCACGGCAGCAGGGUCCCUUGUUGAUGACGCGUCAUACUACGGCGUGGCUAACGGGACAGCCAAGGGUGGGUCCCCCAGUUCGAGAAUUGCCAUGUACAAAGUGUGCGUGUCUUCCGAAUGCUCAGGAUCUGCGAUGUUGAAAGGCUUCGAUGAUGCCAUUAAGGAUGGCGUGGACGUGUUGUCGCUGUCUCUGGGCGAUCCCAGUAGAAUCAAACCAGAUUUCACCACCGACCCUAUCGCCCUCGGCGCGUUCCAUGCGGUGGAGAAAGGCAUCGUAGUGGUCUGCUCCGCCGGAAAUAUUGGGCCCGCCCCUAGUAGUGUGGGUAACGAAGCUCCGUGGAUUUUCACCGUCGCCGCCUCCACCAUCGACCGCGAUUUCCAGUCACAAAUCCUCUUGGGCGACAAAACAGUCAUCAAGGGCGGAGGAAUUCAUUUCGGUAACCUAACCAAAACGCCGGUGCACCCAUUGGUAACAGCGGCUUCAGUUAAACUGGACAAUGCUACUGGAAGCGACGCAAGGGAUUGUCUACCAGAGUCAUUAGACCCUCUAAAGGCGAAGGGGAAGAUUAUUCUGUGUGAACCCCACAAUCCAAUUUAUGGCAAUGACAAUCGGCAAGAUGAGGUGGAACGUGCCGGCGGAAUUGGAAUAAUAUUAAUAGUCACGGAGGAUGCAAGGCUCACUGCUUCGAUAUUUGAUAAUUUCCCAGGCACUACAAUCAUAAAAAAGGAAGGCAAUCAAAUUUUCAAUUACAUCAACUCAACCAGGAACCCAGUGGCAACAAUCCUCCCAACUGUGACAAUCACAGGAAAUAAACCAGCUCCUGUGGUAAUCUCCUUUUCUGCAAGAGGACCUUCCCUUGCAAGUACAAAUCUUCUUAAGCCAGACAUUUGUGCACCAGGGGUUGACAUUCUAGCAGCAUGGCCUACUGACCCUGUCCUCAACCGGGCUAUCCCUGGCAAGAAUCCCCCAGGCUACUACAUAAUCUCAGGGACUUCCAUGGCCUGUCCGCAUACAUCUGGGAUUGUUGCCGCAAUCAAGGCACAAAACCCAAAAUUCAGUCCUUCAGCAAUCAGAUCAGCUAUUAUGACCACAGCAAUACAGACAAACAAUCAGAAUGCACCAAUAACUACAUCAUCUGGACCAAAUGCCACGCCGUAUGACAUUGGCGCCGGAGAAGCAAACCCCACCGCAUCCAUAGAGCCCGGGCUGGUUUACGAGACUGAGACUGCAGAUUACGCGUUGUUCCUCUGCGCUAAAGGCUACAACACAUCCCAAAUCAAGCUCAUCUCCAAGACCAUUCCCAAGGACUUCCAGUGCCCCGGUAAGUUGACAGAAGACGCCGUGUCUAACAUCAACUACCCAUCAAUCGCCAUUUCCAAGCUCAAGGGUGGUGAGCCUAAGACAGUUACCAGAACUGCAACCAAUGUUGGUCCUGAAGAAUCAGUGUACACUGCAACUAUAGAAGAAAUGACAGGCAUUGAGGCCACGGUGACACCAAACAAGUUGGUAUUUACAAAAGAGAAGAAGAAACUAAGCUAUAAGGUGACUUUCACAGCUCCAUCAUCUCUCAAGAAUGACACCUUUGGUUCAAUUACAUGGACAAGUGGUAAAUACAGGGUUCGGAGUCCAAUUGUUGUAAGUAUUGAAUAACUGUAAUGUUAGUCACUUAAUUUAGAGACUAAUAAUGAUAAUUAUGUACGUGCGAUCCUACUCCCAUGAUGCGCACAUACUUAUUAUUGGCGCACAAGUUUUAAUAAAUGUCUUCAAGAAUUACGCCAUAUGUUAGCUAGUGACUAAUGUAAUGGUUUUGCGUGCACUCGAACAUGUUUGCUAUGUUA